ACAGAUUGUUACUGUUUGGCAAUGAAGCUCGUUGUGACAUUGUUAGUCUUAUCACUAACUGUUUCGGUCGGUGAAAAAAAUAAAUUGAGUCCCAGGAUCGCCGGGGGCUAUAGGGCCAAGACCUUUACAAUCAUAUACCUAGUUGGAAUCGUCUUCUUCAAAAGUCAAACUUCAUCCCUGAACUACGGAGCCGGCACCAUCAUUUCGAAUCAAUGGAUCCUUACAGUCAAGACUGUUUUAAAAUAUAGCUACAUUGAAGUCCACCUCGCAUCAAGAAGAUCGUAUAGGGGCUUUGACAUCAUAAGGAUCUACAGGGAAAACUUCCGCUUUCAUUAUGACAAGGACCAUGUAAUUGCCCUGGUUAAGUGUCCCUACCAAAAGUUUGAUCGUCGAAUGGGUCGUGUUCGCGUUCCAGCUUAUGAUGCAAGAUUCGAUCGAUACGUGGGAAAUAUGACCGUGGUCUGUGGCUACGGAACUGAAAAACGACAUGCUAAGCUGCCCGAAUGGAUGCGUUGCAUAGAAGUGGAAGUCAUGACGAACACGGAAUGCGCCAAAUACUAUACCCCAUUGAAAUGGUAUGAGAUGUGCACCUCCGGCGAGGGUUUUAAGGGAGUUUGUGAGGGCGACAUUGGUGGUGCGGUGGUCACAAUGGGGCCAAGUCCAACCUUCAUUGGCAUCAUAUGGCUCAUGCCGGAAAACUGCAGCAGUGGUUAUCCUUCGGUACACAUUCGCGUCAGCGAUCACAUAAAGUGGAUAAAGUAUGUAUCCGGAGUGGGAUUCUAACAAAGAUGUACAUUUUAAUAAUGCUGCCCAUAAAGUAAACAGAAAAAUAAA